AUGGAGGCCUCCCCGUUAACCCAGCAGAGUAGACCAGAGAUAUUCCAGCCCAAAAUUGUAGGGCUGUAUGAAGCUCUCUUUCAAGUGACAGACAACUUUGAGCCGAGUGAUGGCUUUUGGAGAGAAUUCUAUCUGCUCCCUCCUGAUAGAGCACACUUGCGUCGGAUUUUAGAUGCUAUCUCGCCAGACGAUACCCUAUUACUACAGGGAGUCACUCAACGAUUAUUUGCUCGGUCUAUACGCGAAGCCGCGGCCGGAACGGCUCCAAAUGAUGCCCAUGCGCUCGAGACUCUCACCAUAUUCCUAGGAAGCAUACUGGUCAAGAAGUACACCAAUCCUAGCUCCGACAUCAUCACGGCUCUUGCCGGGCUUGAUGAAGUGGACCAGGUAUUCACAGACUUUGUCGUCAUGCUCGACAAAACCAUUCGAGGCGGCAAGCAUUUGGAUCUUCGCAUCAAGGCUAUUCGGACGACCGUUGCAAUGAUCAGUGGUGCAUACAAAACCAGCCUAAUCGCAUAUUUCAUGCAGCGAGAUUUCUUUCCAUCCAUAAUGAAGUUUGUACAUGAUUCGGAAAGCCACCUGCAGAUAUUAGAGCCGUUCUUGCUUCUUGGUUUAUUAGCCAAUUACAACAAGUUCGAGUUCCAGAACCCUUAUCAGCAACGACUCAAUGAUUUUGUCAAUGAGGCGACGAUUCAGAAGAUUGUCAGAGGCACGGGACUGUCGUGUGCCGGACUCAGAAAUGCAUAUGUUGCUAUCCAAGACGAUCUCCCAGAAGGGUGGACAUUGAGCAAUACGCUCAUAUUUUUCGGCCUGCGAAUACUGGCUCCUGGCAGCAAAGAUAAAUCUGCCACAUUAACCGCAGACGAAAUCAAGGAGACUUUUGCUGCACAACCAGCAUCCGAGGCCGCAGUCCUCUUGGCUACAUACGACUUUGUCAACGCAAAUAAACUGUUUGCAUAUAAUCUAGUGACUUCGAUACCCGAAAAACGGAAUGAAGAAUCCCCCUUUGCGAGUUUCUUAUCGUUAACAUCCUAUCUGCUUCAGCAUGCUUACCGGUCUGAGAGAGUCGCUACGUACGCAGAGCUGAAUCUUCUGGCUCUUCGCAUUAUCGUUGAGGAUCCAGUGCUGUUCAGCGGUGAUCGAGUGCUGGCGACUGUUAUCUUUGACAUAAUGAUUGACACCAUUACUCACAAUCUACGCCGUCGUUUGGAUGCCAAUCUCUAUAGUCAUACCAUCGCAAUCCUUGUUCGACUCUUUACCUAUCUAUCGUCCAACAAAACUCGACUAGCAUACCAUUGGGCUGAGAUGUGGCGCACGCUGCUCUCUCUAAUGCGCUUUCUCACUACCUACGCCUCUGACUUGACCUCAGCACCACACAUUGAUACCCUAACAACCUCACUUGUGGACCUUCUCGCAUUCACUCUAUCUACUGGAGACACCUUUCUGCCUGAUCCAGUGUCUUACGACGAUCUCUUCUACAAGAUUGUAGAGUCCGGUCCUAUUAUCGUACGAUUUCGUGACGUAUACAAAUUGACAUCAUCUCUCAACGCCCCUACAGCAGACAUACAAGGAAAAGACACGGCAGAACAAGCCCGCGUCGCGGCUAUUGAUACUUUGAUUACCGUAUCCACACACUUCCUAUCCCUGCUUUUUCAAACCGACACCAACAAACCCGGAGAAGCAUCAACAGCCAGCGCUGGUGACGGCAGCGCGGACGCGUCUACUCCUAGACCAGCCGCGCGAAAGAAGAAUCUCGGCCCUCGCGAGGUUCACCAGAUAAUCAAGCAGGGCUACGAUACGCUUAGUAUUCAACCGCAGCAGGGCCUCAGUACAUGGGACAGAUGGCGAGAGGCGGAUAGGAAGCUGGAGUUGAAGCGUGCUGCGCGAUAUGCUGUUGAGGAUGCAAGGAAGCUUGUUCUUUGA